GGCCUGGACUCGCGGAAUGGGGGUUCAGCUCCUCCGCCAGCCCGAGGCUGCGGCCUGUGCUCUGGCCGGGUUCCUACCUCGCUGACGGAGCCCGAGUACAGGCCCGAGGCUGCGGCCUCCAUCCCUGAGAGGUGGAUGGAUUAUUCGUGAUGGAGUGGCAGCCCGACGAGCAGGGUCUUCAGCAAGUUCUUCAGUUGCUCAAAGACUCUCAGUCACCAGAUACUGCAACACAGCGUGCAGUGCAACAAAAAUUGGAGCAGCUGAAUCAGUAUCCAGACUUCAACAACUACCUGAUCUUUGUCCUGACCAGACUGAAAUCUGAAGAUGAACCUACACGGUCCCUCAGUGGCCUCAUUCUCAAGAACAAUGUCAAGGCUCACUACCAGAGUUUCCCACAGGGGGUUGCUGACUUUAUCAAGCAGGAGUGUUUGAAUAAUAUUGGAGAUGCCUCUCCACUCAUCAGAGCAACCAUAGGUAUUUUGAUUACUACCAUUGCUUCAAAGGGAGAGCUCCAAGCUUGGCCAGAGCUCCUGCCUCAACUCUGUAACCUACUCAAUUCUGAGGACUAUAACACAUGUGAGGGAGCCUUUGGAGCUUUGCAGAAGAUUUGUGAGGAUUCAUCAGAGAUGCUGGAUAGUGAUGCCCUGAACAGACCCCUGAACAUCAUGAUUCCCAAGUUCCUGCAAUUUUUCAAACAUUGUAGUCCUAAAAUCAGGUCCCAUGCAAUCGCUUGUGUAAAUCAAUUCAUCAUCGGAAGGGCUCAGGCACUGAUGGACAAUGUCGAUACCUUCAUUGAGCAUCUCUUUGCACUGGCGACAGAUGACGAUUCUGAGGUGAGGAAGAAUGUGUGUCGGGCACUGGUGAUGCUGCUGGAGGUUCGGAUAGAUCGUCUUAUCCCACACAUGCACAGUAUAAUCCAGUAUAUGCUGCAGAGGACGCAAGACGCUGAUGAAAACGUGGCAUUGGAAGCAUGCGAGUUCUGGCUAACAUUGGCUGAACAACCAAUCUGUAAGGAGGCGUUGUCAGGACACCUAAUACAAUUGAUUCCUAUCUUAGUGAAUGGAAUGAAAUAUUCUGAGAUUGACAUCAUACUUCUAAAGGGUGAUGUAGAAGAGGAUGAAGCAGUUCCAGAUAGUGAGCAGGACAUCAAACCCCGUUUUCAUAAGUCCCGCACAGUUACACUCCAGCACGAGGAGGAUGCUACUGAGGAAGAUGAGGAUUUUGAUGACGAUGAUGAUGACACGCUCUCUGACUGGAACCUGAGAAAGUGUUCGGCUGCUGCACUGGAUGUCUUGGCUAAUGUUUUCCGGGAUGAUCUUCUGCCUCACCUCCUGCCACUACUGAAAGGGUUGCUGUUCCAUCCAGAUUGGGUUAUUAAAGAAUCUGGGAUCCUGGUUCUGGGAGCAAUUGCAGAAGGUUGUAUGCAGGGGAUGGUUCCUUAUCUCCCCGAGUUGAUCCCACACCUUAUACAGUGUCUGCCAGAUAAGAAGGCACUGGUGCGCUCAAUUGCCUGCUGGACACUCAGUCGCUAUGCACAUUGGGUGGUCAGCCAGCCACCAGACCAGUAUCUCAAACCGCUGAUGACUGAACUUCUGAAGAGAAUCCUGGACGGAAACAAGAAAGUACAAGAGGCUGCAUGCAGUGCGUUUGCUACAUUAGAGGAGGAAGCCUGCACUGAACUGGUCCCAUAUCUCAGCUACAUCCUCGACACGCUGGUCUUUGCAUUUGGGAAAUACCAGCACAAGAACCUGCUGAUUCUGUACGAUGCCAUUGGUACAUUGGCUGACUCUGUGGGACAUCACCUCAAUCAGCCAGAAUACAUCCAGAAACUAAUGCCUCCCCUCAUUCAGAAAUGGAAUGAGUUGAAGGAUGAAGAUAAGGAUCUCUUUCCUCUGCUGGAGUGCCUGUCAUCGGUGGCCACUGCACUGCAGAGUGGCUUCCUCCCAUACUGUGAGCCUGUCUAUCAGCGCUGUGUAACACUUGUGCAGAAGACACUUGCCCAGGCCAUGAUGUACAACACGCAACCAGACCAGUACGAGGCUCCAGACAAGGACUUCAUGAUUGUAGCUCUGGACUUGCUGAGUGGCUUGGCAGAGGGUUUGGGCGGUCAUGUGGAGCAGCUAGUGGCUCGAAGCAAUAUCAUGACCCUUCUGUUCCAGUGUAUGCAGGAUACAAUGCCUGAGGUCCGGCAGAGCUCGUUUGCACUUCUGGGGGAUCUCACCAAAGCUUGUUUCCAGCAUGUCAAGCAGUGUAUAGCUGAGUUCAUGCCAAUCUUGGGCACCAACCUGAACCCGGAAUUUAUUUCAGUGUGCAAUAAUGCCACCUGGGCGAUUGGGGAGAUUUGCAUGCAGAUGGGUGCUGAGAUGCAGCCAUAUGUAUCACUGGUUCUGAAUAACUUGGUGGAAAUAAUUAACAGACCAAACACUCCCAAGACUUUGCUUGAGAACACUGCUAUUACCAUUGGCCGUUUGGGUUAUGUGUGUCCCCAGGAAGUUGCACCUAUGUUACAGCAAUUCAUCAGACCAUGGUGCACAUCUCUGAGAAAUAUCCGUGAUAACGAAGAGAAGGAUUCUGCCUUCCGUGGGAUCUGUAUGAUGAUUGGAGUGAAUCCAGGUGGCGUGGUGCAGGAUUUCAUUUUCUUCUGCGAUGCUGUUGCUUCGUGGGUGAACCCAAAGGAUGACCUACGUGAUAUGUUUUACAAGAUCCUACAUGGCUUCAAGGAGCAGGUUGGUGAGGAGAACUGGCAGCAGUUUUCAGAGCAAUUCCCACCACUUCUGAAGGACAGGCUGUCCGCAUUCUAUGGCGUAUAGCUGAGAUUAAGGGAUACCAUGUCAGGUUUCUGUUGCUGGGAGGGCUACUGGGAAAUCAUCCACAUCUUGGAGUUGCACUGCCCUGUCAUUGGGGGGUUAGGGUGGAGCUGGUGGGACAAAAACAAGCUCCCUUUCUCUGAAAAUAUAGGGGGGAAUAGAGCCUCUAAACCAGAGCAAACUGGAUUAAUUAGCGGAGGGAUCUUGCACACCUUCUGUCUGAAGAGAAUCUUCCACUACACAUGGACAUUCCAAAGUUCUCGAGGGUCAGAUCUCUCAGUUGGACAACUUGGGAGGGGGUAAAGUGUGGGAAUUUUAGGAAAAAAAAUUAAAUAUAGGCAAGCUUAGUGAAGAAUUCCACAAGAUUAACAAUCAGCUAGAUUCAAGCGGUCUUGUCCACAUCUAAAUUUGGGACGUUGCAAGUCUGAUGCUUGUGCUGUGGUUUGAGUAGAUGUUUUUAAAAUUAAAAGGAAAACAAAUUUUUUUAACACAUUAAAACUAGAAAGCGUACCAAGCUUUGUAUUGUCACAUAGAUACCCUAGCAGUCAUCCAAGAGAGUCACUGUGUAAAACCAGACUGCAUGGAGGUGAGCUGUAAUAGUCUAGUGAGCUCUGAAUAGAACAUAAUAAGUCGUAAUGUGUGUAGAUCAAGGCUUCACUACCAUUUCCAAUGGGUCACAAUGUGGAGAGACACUCAGCCCUCUGCUCCCCUCGAGGCCGGAAGUGGACAGGAGAGGCCGGUCUGAAAGCCUGUAACCCUGAUACUGUAAUGAAGCAAGUCUGUACUGUCAUUCUGUGGCAAUGCCCUGGUGAACUAUGAACUGUUGGGUUUGUUUUGUGAUAAUGUGCUGCUGCAUCUUCUCGUCUCCAUAUCCUUAAUGCAAAUGUGUAAACUAAAUGGCAAGUGUUAAAAAAGAAAAGCAAACUUUUUAUAAAAAAAAAUUAGUUGCUUUUGUGACUUUUAUUUUAAGAUGUUGUUUAGCUUCAUGCAACAGAACAACUUGACCAGCAUAUGUCAUCGGACACUGGACUGUUGACCUUUUCCUGAAUAUGCUGAGUCUGUUGUUCUAGUAUUGGGGCAGGCAGGAGAAGCACUGCUGUUGAGUAGCUGGAAACUAUGGUGAAUUGGAUGCUCUCGAUUGAAGGCUGGUGAAGGGGUAUUUCUUAUGAUUUGCUGGCGUUUCAUGUUCCCAGAUUGAGUUCUUCCUCUUGGACCUUAUGACGAUUUGUUUCCAUUCUUGGCAUAAAUUUAUGUCAGACGCACUUGGAUGUGCCUGCGUGCCACUUUAUUUUCUCUCGAAACGAAGUAGCUUCCUGUGGCAACUUUCCCUAAUGCAGAGUUUGCCCUCUGAAGGUAGGCUGAUGGCUUAACCUGAGAACCAGCUAGAGGGGAUAAUGAAUGUGGAAAGUAUAUUGCUCCGACUCUCUACUGAUUUCUGAACUGGGAAUCAUGCCGCUUUCCCUUUUUCUGCGUGCAAACCCCCCCCCCCCCCCCGCGCGCGCCAUGUGAGGCCUGCAGUCUCUUAUCUCUGUCCGAGUGUGUUAAGCCUGGCCUUCACAAUGGAAGAGUCUUCACCCCAACUCUGUCCUUGACCGGGGGGGAACCCUCACUGUAUGCAGUGGCCCUCUGUCACAGUUUGUUGCAGGAGCCUGGAUUUGGGUGGAGAAAAUGUAGUUCCUUUACAGGUUGAAAUGUUCUGCCUGUCAUUCCUCUGGCAUCUCAGAUGAUAGUGUUAGUCAUUGCUGUUCCAGUGGGGUGGUGGGGGCUCCACUUGCUGAUGUUCUUGUGAUGUGCCUGUCAAGUGUAAGGGGCAAGAAGCUGUGUGCACCAUACCAGUGGUGACAGUGACGUGCAGGUAUUGCGUGAGGUUACAGAUAGUGUUGAUGCUUCAGUGUGAAAAGGGCCUGAUAGGAUGAGGAACAAGCCCUAUACUAUGCUAUUGGCACAUGGUCAUGGUCAAGGACCAGAAACAUGAGGAGACUGUUGGCAGCCACUCAUGUUUACCAGCCGCCCUGUAUCCGCACUGCAGCAUGCUGACAAAGUUCUUUGUUGCUUGCCCAUAGUCCUUAAGUUUUUCUUUUUUUAUUGUUCUAAUCUUGAAGGGUCUCUACUCAUUGCAUUUGGUUGAUGUCAGGGUUUUAACUUCCUACAAACAGGGAUUCUUACUGCUCAGGUGUGUAAUUGUUUGAACCUGGCUGUUGAAACAGACCCAAGGAUAUCCCCUGAAGGAACAGUGCACUGUUAUCACGAGGCAGGAGUAACAGGCAACACCAGGGGGUUGAUGGAGAUUUUUCAGGCAGGGUUGGCUAUGGAAUUCCCUGUGGGGAACAUUAUUAAGCUGAUUCCCCUGAUCUCACUAAUGUGACCUAAAACCUUUGAGUGUGGAAAUAUCUUUGGUUCCAAUCAAUGCUGAUGAAUUCUGUAAUAAUAGCAUGGUGUUGGAGCAAUUCAACAGAUCUUGGAAGUCUCUGUGGAGAGAAGGAGAAAGGAAAAAGCUAAUGUUUCAAGUCCAAAUAACUUGUGACUCUUGAGCUCGAGUUUCUCCAAUGCUACAUGUUUUUAUUUCAGACUUCUAGAAUCGGCAGUGUUUUUGCUUUUAUUCUGAUUUAUUUCUGUGCUUGAUCUUCCUGCCAAUCGAUUGUGUGUCUGUUAAUUUAUUAAUGUUUGUUUAAUUAAUAGCUGCGGCCUCAGCAACAGCACUGAAGUGAGAAUGAGCAUGAGAGAUGGGUAAAUCUGUUGAUAUUGUUCCUUUGCCUGUCCUCUGGACCCAAGUGAUUGGAUUUAUCUAGCUGUAAUUUGGGGCUCUCUAGCUGUUUGUGGGCUGUGAAUGUUGCAUGCGCAAUACAGUGUAUCUUCCUAAAUAUCAUUCAUAAAAAUAAACAGCAUUGUAUCUUUGUCAUGCUGGUGUAAUCAAGAUGUAACCUGUUUAUGAUCUGAAAGGGGGGGGGGGGGGCGGUGAGAUGGGGUGGGAAGCAAAAAAAAAUUACAAGAGACCAAUCAGGCUGCUUUGUUUUAAUGGAAUCACAGGUUUCUAUGCAGUUGGUCAUUUCUAUUGAAAAGGGGGAGAAUUGAAACUCUUUAUCAGAGUUUAUUGUCUGAAGGAUACUUUCAGAUUUUUCUGUUGAUGGUGCUGCUGCAGAUGUUUGUAGUAGGGGUAAAGCUAUAUCUGACUGUCUGUAUCCUCUGUCCCAUGUUCUGUGGAAGCCAUUUGAGGAAUGACAGCUUUCUAUGGAGCUUGUAUGUUUACUUGUAACAAUUCCACUUUUUUUUCAAUAAAUCCUUUGCAGCAUA